UGGGGCGGUCCAGGAAGCGGGCUCCCCCGCGGGGUGGCGCGCGCCCCCGACGGCCAGCGGGGCUGCGCGCGCGGGCACGGGGCUCGCUCCCGGGAGGGCAGGUGGGGGCAGGGAGCGGGCUUCGGGUGGUGGCGGCCGGAGGGGCCUGGGCCGCGCGGGGUCGACUCCUGUGGCUGCAGCGUCCGAGGCCAGAGGACCCGCCGGGGCCGGGUCGCCGGAGAGGCAGGGCCCCCACUGCCGCCGCCGCCCGGCCGGUGCCCGGUGCCCUUCAGGGUGAUGGGAUUGGCUGCGGGCAUCCCCCCAUCCAGGACCCCGGCAACGGUCCACGGCUCCGGCUGCUGCGACUCCCUCGCGUGAAGGAAGCUGUUGGCGGGACCCCAGUGCUGGGGCCAGCGCGGGCGGGGCCGGGCUGCUGGUCCCACAAUGCCCCUGCCGGAGUCCAGCGAGCAGGCCGCGAGUGGGCAGCCCGGCCAGAAGCUGAGCCCCGAGGCCCCUGGGUCCACCACCAACUCCAAGGACUUCUCCCCACUGGUCGUGCUGACCGUCUCCCCUGAGGGCAGCCAUGAGGGGCCUGACAGUGGGCACCACGGCGCCUCCCUGGACCAGUCCGGCCCUGGCCCUCUGGCCAGCACCACCCCGAUGCUGCCGACAGAGGGUCUGGGGGCGCCCCUCCAGCCAGGCCCGCGCACCCCCGAGCAGCAGCGUGGCAAGCAGGAGGCAGCCCGGGCGCCGCUGGAGUUCCUGAGGACGCCGUUCGGGGGCCGCCUGCUGGUGCUCGAGUCCUUCCUGUACAAGCAGGAGAAGGCCGUGGGCGACCGCGUGUACUGGAAGUGCCGCCAGAGCGUGGGGCUGCGCUGCCGUGGCCGGGCCAUCACGCGCGGGGCCCGCGCCACCCUCAUGCACGGGCACUGCCACCCACCCGACAAGGAGGGCCUGGAGGCGCGGCGCCGGAGACAGAAGCUGCCCGGGCCGGGCCCACCGGAGACAGAGCCUGCCGCCGGCAGACGCGCCCCGGGGGAGGCCCAGGGCUACCGCCCCCUGUCCCUGCUGAGCCUGCCCCCCAAGAAGCGCCGCCUGAGGGUGGGGUUCGGAGAGCCCUGGGGCCUGGAGUUCCUGCGCACCAGCUACGGGGGCAGCUUCCUGGUGCACCAGUCGUUCCUGUACAAGCGUGAGAAGGCCGUGGGGGACAAGGUGUACUGGACGUGCCGGGACCACGUGCUGCACAGCUGCCGCAGCCGCGCCAUCACCCAGGGCCCGCGGGUGACCGUGAUGCGGAGCCACUGCCACCCGCCGGACAUGGAGGGCCUGGAGGCGCGGCGGCAGCAGGAAAGGGCCACCGCCAGGACGGCCGCGGACCUGGUAGGUGCCCUGGACAGGCCCCGGCCCCGGAAGCAGGCCAAGGUCAAAGAGCAGACAGGCGUGCCAGAGUCCCCCGCGGACGAGCACGAUGACGACGAUGACGACGACCCCGGAGGCCCCGAGUUCCUGAAGACGCCCCUGGGCGGCAGCUUCCUGGUGUUCGAGUCCUUCCUGUACCGGCGGGAGAAGGCGGCGGGGGACAAGGUGUACUGGACGUGCCGGGACCAGGCACGCAUGGGCUGCCGCAGCCGCGCCAUCACCCAGGGCCGGAGGGUGACCGUGAUGCGGGGCCACUGCCACCCCCCAGACCUGGGGGGCCUAGAGGCGCUGCGGCAGCGGGAGAAACGCCCGGGCCCAGCCCAGCGGGGGGGCCCAGGAGGCCCCGAGUUCCUGAAGACGCCCCUGGGGGGCAGCUUCCUGGUGUUCGAGUCCUUCCUGUACCGGCGGGAGAAGGCGGCGGGGGACAAGGUGUACUGGACGUGCCGGGACCAGGCGCGCAUGGGCUGCCGCAGCCGCGCCAUCACCCAGGGCCCGCGCGUCAUGGUCAUGCGCCGGCACUGCCACCCGCCCGACCUGGGGGGCCUGGAGGAGCUGCGGGAGCGUGAGAACUUCCCCCGCCUGGCGCAGCGGGAGGACUCAGAGACCUUCCAGCCCCUGGAGUUCCUGCGCACGCCCCUGGGGGGCAGCUUCCUGGUGUUCGAGUCCUUCCUGUACCGGAAGGAGAAGGCCGUGGGGGACAAGGUGUACUGGAUGUGCCGGGACCAGGCGCGCAGGGGCUGCCGCAGCCGCGCCAUCACCCAGGGCCAGCAGGUGACCGUGAUGCGGGGCCACUGCCACCAGCCCGACCUGGCGGGGCUGGAGGCGCUGCGGCAGCGGGAGCGGCUCCCCGGCAAGGCGCUGCGGGAGGAGGCAGAGGAGGUAGAACUUCUGCCUGAGGUUCAGCUGUGCUUCCAGGCUUGUCCCCCGGAGGACCGGCAGACCCCAGGGGAGGUCCCAGACGAGGAGCUUGAUGGCACGGCUCCGUGAGGGCACCUGCCAGGAGAGGCCCCUCCCCCGCCUGCUGGCCCUUCCCACCAGUCAGACUCGCUGGAGACUCCGCUUCACCCUUCCUGCCUCGCCCACCCAUCUCCUCCGGGCCUUCUGGCGCGGCUGCCCUGGGCCGCGGAGAACCAGCCUGCAGAUGGGGCUCGGGACACGGGAGAAGAUGGUCUGGGCAGACCCUCUCCUGCCCCACCGUGGCCAGAGCGCCGCUUGGCCGGGACUUUGCAGACGCGGCUCUCCCUGGGGAGGACCCUCGCCCAGCCACCUGAGCCCGGUGCUGGACAUUCUGCCGGGACCCACAGACCUGGCCCUCCCUGCCGGGCUCUGCCCUCUCUCCCAGGGUCAGCCACACCCGACGCCACACCCUGGCCAGACACUCCCGCUGAUUCCCACCCUGCAUCACCGUGGCGGCAGGGGACCGGCAGCAGCACCGUCCUGGUGUCCGCAGAAGCUGGCUGAGGCCAGCAGAGCCCAGCCCCCCCCCAAGUUCAUCUGAAGCAAAGCGAGAGCCGGGCAGCCGGAGACGGAGGCAGGGAGGGAAGUAGUUGACACCCCUGUGAUGCCACACGCCCUGCCUUAGAACCCAGAGGGACACACUGCCAGAGCCUGUCACAUCAGCUAGGGACAGUGGCUAGGACGGACCCCUCCCUGCCCCUCUGCUUAUGCGUCCCCCCAAUAAACCCUUUUUCGUAAGUGUC